AUAUUGGUCACACAUUUGAUUGCAAUUGUUAUUUGUUAUCGAUAGUCUCCAUUGUUAUAUAUUCUCUCAUAUACUGUGUUUCACAAAUUUCUCUGACAAAACAUACGGACAAGCUGGUCACAAAGUAAUCAAAGGCCGAACGUAACCAUACUGCGUUUCAGAUUUGAAAUGUCACUAUCUUGGAAGUCCACUCAGCCCCAUGAAUCAGAAAAUGACAAAAAUAAUGUGAGCAGAAAAUCAGUUAUCCUAAGUUUAUUGAGUCCAAACAAAGGAAGGUUAUUUGGAAGCAAUACGUCCAUCGCUGAUAUGCCCUGUAGCGUACACUUAUUGGAUGAUCGUUGCAUGUCCGUUUCAGUAUCAAAUAAAGCAUUUGGAAGAUGUUUACUUGAAGUUGUUUGUGAACGUCUUGAUGUUCUCCCAUAUAUAUCCUAUUUUGGACUUCGUUAUUCUGACAAUAAUGGUAUGAAUCAAUGGAUCAAUUUAAAUGACAAAAUUAGUAAACAGCUUAAAGAAGUUAAAAAUUCCACAUUUGGUUUUCGAUUUAUUUAUUAUCCAAACAAUCCAUUGACGUGUUUCCCUAAUGAAACAAUUCGUUAUUUGCUUUUCCUUCAGUUGAGAAGGGAUUUUUAUGUUGGUCGUUUAAGAGCACAAGCAUUGAAGAUUUAUGAAUUGGCAGCAUACGCUAUACAAGCUGAACAUGGUCUCAAGGAGAUUCCUCAAGGUUUUGACGUGGAUACUAUUCCUGGUGGUAUGCGUGUCCUUCCUCAACUAACAAAACCUAUUGUACGGCGAAUCAAAAAUCAACUUGAACAAAUCAUUGGCAUGUCUAAAUCUGAAGCUUUGGAAAAAUUCAUCGAUGAAGCAUCAAAAAUCGAAACCUAUGGCAUGGAACCUUUUCAGGUGCAAGAUCAACGCCAAAAUGGUUUAUGUAUUGGAUUUAAUUAUAAAGGUAUUUCUAUAUUCAAGGAUGGUUGCAGUAUCAAUGUGUUUGAAUGGGCAUUUAUUAAAAACAUUUAUCCAGAAAAAAAGAAUUUGGUUUUAGUCGUGUGUGGCAAGCAGUUAGAGGAUGAAAAAGAUCUUGUUCUCGGGUUCAAAUGUAAAUCGCCUUCAGAAGCCAAAACUUUAUGCUUACGAGCACUCAACUGUAAAACAUUCAAAGAAACAUCUAACAUUUUAGCUUAUCGACCAUCAGAAAUUAUUAAUCAAGAUUCUUUAAGUGAUUCUUCUGAUAGUUCACAGUAUGCUUCACUAAAAUGUAAAUAUACUCCUCCAACUGUAGAUAUUCAAACAGAUGUAACAACAACAGCAGCGACGACAACAACAACAAUCGCAACAAAAAAAUCACACAAGAAUUCAACUAGUUCAGAAGCAAGUGAAAAUACAGCAUGGCCAAUUGAUUUUGCAACAUUCAUAGGAAAAGAAUGUAAUGCUAAUAAUGCUGUUGAUCAAGACAAUACUGAUCAAAAUAAUGAUAAUCAAACACAUGGAAUAAAUAUAUCAUAUUUAGAUCCCCCAUCAAAACCGGUGAAUAGAGUAAGUCCACGAAAUAGUUUUGGAGGAAGUAUGGACUUACCGAUACCAAGUGAAAAAAGACCACAAGUUUCUGAUUUAUCAUGGAAAUCUAAACCGGUACAUCGGUUAGUUAAUUCAUCUUCUAUCAAUGUGAACAAUGAAAAUGAUAAAUAAUCAAAUAUAUCUCAGUUAAACAUUAUCAAUUAUCAAUAAUAUCAAAUACAAUGGACACUAUAGUUUUCUCUCCUAUUCUCUUGACAACUAUUAAAAUAAGUAAAAAUAUAACUACCGAUGAAUUAUAAAUCACUUUUAAGUGAUUCAUCAUUAAUAUUAUUAUUACCAUCAUCAAUAGUAUCUAAUAUGAUAAUGAGUCUGAAUCAAUGUAUUCAGUUCUAUUUUUUUAAAAAAUCAUUAUCGUAAAUUGAUAAUGCAUAUUCAUGUAUCCAUGUAAUUCUUUAUUUCAAUCAUUCAAUAUUAUGAAUUCAUACAGAAAGAAUAAUAAAAGUAAACGAAAAAUAAAGAAAUAUAAUUCCAUAGAUUUAUGUCUUUCAUAAUGUAUAUUGUAAAAAAAAGUAUUUUGUUUUAUUCUUUAUUUUAUUCUCGUCUUCAUUUUUAUUUAUUUAUUUUUUGUUGUUUUUUCUCUCUUCCAAUUUCUACUACAUAUUGUUGUAUAACCUAAUGUAAAGAUUUAAAGUAAAGCAAACAAAUGAAAUGAAUAAACUUUAUAUAGUUUCAUUGUGUAAUAAUAGUAAUAAUAAUAAUAAUAAUAAUAAUAAUAAUAAUGUUUUAUUUUAUAUUUUCAUUCGUUUAUUUACUUGUUCAGUUUUGUUUUUUCUUCUCUAUUUCAUAUAAUUAAUUAAUUGAAAAAACAAAAUAUUUUGUUUUGAAAAUUUUUCAAUUAAAUUAUCAGAUUUAUAUUUUUAAAAAAAAUCUAUAAUAUUUUGAUUAUUAAGAUGAUUCGUUAUUAGUUAAGAAAGAUAGACUAAUUACCAUAAUGUAUUACUGAAGAACAAUAUUGGUAACUAUGUUAUUAUUAUAUUAUUAAUAUUGUUACUAUUAUUAUUAUUAGUCGAUUAUUUGCACGCUAUUUAUUUUUCAAAAUUUCUUUCAGUUGGUGAUUUUGUUUUCUGUUUACAUUUUAUUUAUUCUUUUAUUCUGUCUUUUGAAAUUCAAUUCUUAUUUGUAUAUUUUAUUUUGUUUUGUUAAUUUGAAGAUUUUGUUUGUUAUUAUAUAUUAAUAAUUUAAUGGAUAUGAUCUGUUUAAAUAACAAUAUGUAUUUGGUAAAAAGAAGGGAGAUGGGGGUGAGGUGGGGAGUAGAAAUACUUGUUUAUCAUUACCUAUCUAUUAUGUUUUAGGUGUAAUACAUUGGUUGAUUUUGUUUGUCUUUAUUUUAUGUGUUGUGUAAAUGAUAAAUAGAAUGUAUAAAAGUACAUGAAAUGAUAUUUUUUAUUAAUUGAGUUGUUUUAUGGAGAAUAGCUUAAUUUGAAGAUAGUCCUUGUCAAACAUAAAUCACUUGAAUAAUUUUUGUAAAUUAAGAAUUAUUGAAUAGCUGUUUUAAUCUGAUUUGAAACAACUGAGGAGUGCUAAUAUCUUAACUUUAUUGUAGAUCUAGUAGUUGGCUUAGUAUCUCAUUUAACUUUAGUCAGUUUGUCAUGUUGUUCAACAGUGACUCAAUGAAAUUAGUCAGCAACUAAUUAAUCUAUGAUUUGUUUGUGGACCGUUGAAUUUUAACUUCUAAUGGUCUAAAGCUGACUGGGGAGCUGCGAGAACUGAAGCUCCUUGAAAUAGUCUAACAUGAGAUCCCAGGCACUCAAUGCUAAAAAGUCUUCAACGAAGUAGAAAAUACGCCUCAAAGAUUAUAUCAGUUAUUG